UGUAAUCAAACGCCAGUGAUCACAGUCGCCAGUAGCUACAAAAAUGUUAGUGUCCCAAAUGAGUGAAGCGCAAAAGGAAACUUUUGACCAGUUCAAAGACAAAGUUAAAGAUUGCAAAUUGAUCGAUCCCAGUGACGAUUACAUUCUCAAAUGGCUCGUCGCCCGAAAUUUCGAUCUCGAUCAAGCCGAAAAAAUGCUCCGACGCUCCGUCGAAUGGAGGAAAGCCAACCGCAUUGAUGGCAUCGUAGAACAGUGGGAACCGCCGAUGGCUCUAGUCAAGUACUACCCCAUGGGCAUCAUCGGAGCAGACAAAUUCUUCUGUCCACUGUGGGUCGUGUCGUUUGGCAAGGGAGACUGGAGGGGAAUUCUGCAGUCGGUCAGCAAACGCGAUUAUUUGCGCUACAUUUCCUACAUGGCCGAAAAGAGUUUUGCGCAAAUGAGGAAGAAUUCUUUGCAGACCGAAAACCCCGUCACCUAUCAGACUUUCAUUAUCGACAUGGAGGGACUGUCGAUGCGGCAAAUGGCCUACAAACCUUUCAGAGAUGUCGGAUUCGAAGGAAUUCAAAUUUCAGAAGCCAAUUACCCCGAAAGUCUCCGACGAGUCUUUAUAGUCAACGCUCCCAAAGUCUUCACGUUCGUGUUCAACAUGGUGAAACCGUUUCUGCAUCCGGUGACACUCGACAAGAUCAGCGUCUUUGGAUUCGACAAAAGCGAAUGGAGCGCCGCUUUGCUCAAAGAAAUCGACGCCGACCAACUUCCGGUUCAUUACGGCGGGACCAUGACCGACUCCAAAGGCGACCCCAAAUGUUCCAGCCUCAUCAGCUUGGGCGGAGAGGUGCCACAAUCUUAUUACAUGGAAGCGAUUAAACCGACGCCCAAUAAGAACAUGACGUCUCUCUCCAUACCAAGUGGCAGCAAAAAGAAACUGGAAUUCAAAGUCAUCCAAUCCAAUUCCAUCCUCAAGUGGGAAUUCAUGACGGAAGACGGUGACAUUGGUUUCGGGGUUCAUUACGUGGAAAGGAACGGAGACAAGUUUGAUCUGGUGAAUAACGAACGAGUCGAAAGUCAUUUGAUGAUGGAAGAAGGCGAACUUCUUUGCACAAGGCCCGUUCUCUAUGUCGUGGAAUUCGACAAUAGUUUCAGCUACCUCAGAUCCAAAAAACUUUGGUACCGGAUCGUCGUCGACCUCCCCAUUUCCAAUUAUCAUUGAGAAUUCCAUUUGUUCGAUUGCUGUAACUCAUCAUUUUUUCAUUUGGUUUGAUUCCUACGAUAGUUUCCCCUUAAAUAUUGGAGUUUGUGCGCGUUAUUUUAUUCACCAGAUGUGUGUUAAUAUAAUCAAGGGCGUUCCACGAAUAGCUUGAAAUAAUAAACAAUUGAAACAUU